AUGAGUGCAAUUACACAAACUGCGGUCCAUCGCAUUGGCAAAUGGACUGAUGCCAAGUUCAACAAGAAGCCAUCAUUGCAACAAUAUACCAGCUCACCAGCUCAAAACACGGCAGAUAAAUACAGUGGGCAUUCACAGGAGGCAUGGCAACAAGACUCUUCCUCCACCCAUCCGACACCAACGCCACCAUCACCAAGGACGCUAGAGCUGAAGCCCCAAGGCCACACCAUGGUCUGCACGUCCGAGUACGGACCGCUGCUCACCAUCACCUUUACCUCCAACUCGAUCGGCAACGACAACGACGCUCCGCACCUCAUUGCCCUGCGCGGCAACGCCGCCGGGCCGCAGAUCGCCUCGGCCCGCUUCCACCAGUGGACGAGCACCAAGACGGACCUCGAGCUGCACGGGCAGACGACCAAGGUGCGGAGGGAGAUGCACAGCGCGACGGGCCUGGGCAAGAUCAAGUGGGAGCGCGACGGGACCAAGGGGAUGAAACUGACGACGGCGGCUGCCGGUGGCAAUGGAGGACGCAAGGAAGUGAUUGCGCGGUUCGGCGCCACGCACAAGAGUAGGCGGAACCGCGGCUCGGGUCAGUUUGACCUUUUACAGGAUGGCAUGGGCACGGCUCAGCUGGAGGAGAUUGUGGUCUCGUGUCUUGUUGAGCGCGAGCGCAUGAGGAGGGCGGGCGAGCUGGUCGAGGAUGGAAUAUGGGAAUUAUUCAUGGCCAGCAUUGGGCUUUGA